CAAAAACAACAGAGAGUCUCCAAAGUGGCAAUUGAUCUGCAAUUGGACACAGCAAAAACAGCAACAACAGCAACUUUUCAAUUCACAUCACCCACUGCAACAUUUAAGCGCAAAAAGCAGCAACAACAAAAACAAUUCGAACAUCAAUUACACAACAACAAUAACUGUUACAACAAUCAAACAGCGGUAAUUAAUAAUUCGCUACCAAUAGAACAACAACAACAAUUGAACUCAAAAUCCCCAAGCCGCAUUAGCGUUCAGGGUGGCAAUGUGCAACAUGCACCAGCAACGAACACUUCGGUUGUGUUGAAUGGUAUUGGGGCGCCAAAAGCAACGAAAACGACAAAUCCGGCGAUUGUUGACGAUAUUUUAGGUCUUCGUGCAGGUGCCAGUGGGGGCACUGGUGGGUGUCACAUUGACAACCUAACAACAACAGCGACAAACAUACGCACGCCACACCACCACCACACGUUACCACGUUUCGUCACAACAACAACAACAACAACAGCAACAACAAAACCAUUGCCACGUGCUGCUGCUUAUGCCGCUGACAAACUCGAUUUAGUGGGCAGCCACACAAGUAAAUCGCCGCUGGUGGCGUUCACAAACUCACAACUAAACGGCCAAAAUAAGCGACAACGUGCCACACCCAAGGUGAAACCGGCUCAACGACAACAUCAACAGCAAUCACGGCUACAACAGCAGGCGUUGCCAAAGAGAAUGCCCACAGGCGCUGCUGGUGGCAGUGGCAGUGCGAAUGGUAGCGGUAGUGGCAAUAGCAGCAAUUACAGCAACAACAAUAACAACAGUACACUGCACAAAGGUAACAGCGCAUUCAUGGACAGUUUGGGCGCACACUUAGAGUUGGUGGGGUGGCGUAAGAAGUGCCUGUAUGGCUUGCUAGUGCUGCUGAUGCUGCUCAUCAUCACGAAUUUGGUGUUGACGCUGUGGAUACUGAAGGUGAUGGAAUUCACAACGGAUGGCAUGGGGCAGCUGAAGAUAGUGCCAGGCGGCAUACAACUAACCGGUCAAGCGCUCAUAAUGGAUAUGCUGCGUGCAUCGACAAUACGCUCCAGGCACGGCCAGCCGAUAGCGAUAGAAUCAUCACGUAAUUUUUCAAUCAAUACACGUGACGCGAAUGGCAUGCUGGAGAAUCAUUUAUUUCUUGGGCACGACAAGCUCGAAUGCCUGGCGAAGGAAAUUCGCAUCAAUGACACCAAUGGACGAAAUUUAUUUUCUGUAAAUCAAAAUGAAGUCACAAUCGGUGCACACGCGCUGCGAAUUGACGGCGAAGGUGGCGCCAUAUUUCGGGAAUCCAUACAAACGCCACAUGUACGCGCCGAACCGGGGCGCGAGCUGAGACUGGAAUCACCAACACGUCAGCUGGAGGUGACAGCAGCAAAGGACAUAAAUUUGCAAUCACGUGCCGGAGCAAUCGAAGUGACUGCGCUAAAGGAUGUGCGACUGAGUGCGCUUGAUGGAAGUCUGCGCUUGGAAUCCUCCAAAAUCCUUAUGCCGAAUCUGCGUACAGCGCAACCGCCUUCGUUGGGAGCGCCACAAAGUCGUGACCAUUUGCAUCGUGUCUUCCAGCUGUGCGCCUGUUCGAAUGGCAAACUCUUUCUUGCUGCGCCGCACUCGAUAUGCGCCGGAGAUGAUAGUACCGUUUGCAGAUGAUUGCCCGAACGUAGACAAUAAAAUGAGGAAGAAGUGCACUCCGGAGAGCGGAUGUUGAGAAAAUAAAGGAAAAAGGAGGAAUUAAUAACAAUUAAAUAGUAAAUAGAUAUGUAUGUAUGUGUAGGCACUAAGACUAAGUAUAGGUAAAAUCAAGCAGGGGCUAAAGUAGUAUUCAUAUUGAUGUAAAUGUUGAAAAUGAUGCAUGUAAAAUAUAGGAAAAGCAUAUACAGCGGUGGCCAGGUAAUUAAGGAACGAUAGAAGGUUGAGGAAAUAAAUGUUCCAUAAACUAUGGAGAAAUAAAAAGUACUUUGAAAUACUGUUUUGUGUGCAAGUAUGAGUAAAAAUUUUUGAACUUUCAAAGGUACACUCAUGGGCAGUAAAAUAGGUGUGCGGGGUUAUGGACACAUUUGGCUAUGUUACUUAUUGUGUAUUUAGUGUGCAUUAAUUUUUUAUAAUUCUUUGUACAAAAACACGAUAUGAAUCGGCUUUUCAAACCUUAUGCAAAAAUUAUAAAAAGUAUGAAAAUCGUUUUUUCACACUUUGGGCAA